AAGCCCCCUAUCCACCUCCUUAUCUGAACUUCAUCCCCCUUUGAGCAUCAACAUCAACAACUUCAGCUUCAGGUUCAGCUUCAACUGCACCAGCAGUGUAAUUCUUACCUGACGAAUCCGUCUCAGCUCUCAGCUCACCCCCGCCCGAAAUGGACUCUUACUUACCCAUGUCGCCAAAAGCCGGCGCGCGUCUCCUCCUCCCAUAUCUCUUCCUCGCCCUCGUCACCUCACAAACCGCGGCGCAAAACACCACCACCACCACCACCACCCCAACCACCUGCGCAGAAGGGGUGCACGUCAUCACGGCCCGGGGGUCCAACGAACCCCUCGGCGCCGGCCGUCUCGGUCCCGUGGCAUCCGACCUCAUAGCCGCCAUCCCCAACUCCACCGUCCAGGCACUCAAUUACCCGGCCACGUUCUUCGACUACGCGACCUCCGUCGCCGCCGGAAUUCUCGAGCUGCGCGACGCCCUGGAGUCGUAUAGCAGGACAUGUCCCCAGGGCAAGGUCGUGAUGAUGGGCUAUUCACAAGGAGCCCAAGUCAUACUCGAUACGCUGUGCGGCGCCCAGCCAUACGACAGGCCAGUCGUGCAGUUUAACGAGUCGGCACCGCUCAAUUCGACCAUCGUUGAGCACAACGUACUUGCCGUCAUACUGUACGGAGACCCAACUCACGCAGCUGAAGCGCCGUGGAAUUACGGGAAUAGCACCACCAACGGCCUCUUCCCCCGCGACAACAUCACAGCCUGCGCGUCCUACGCGCCCAAGAUCAGGUCCUGGUGCGACGAAGGUGACUUCUUCUGUGCCCUCGGAGACGACGGCGAGAUUCACGGAAGCUACUUCGACGCCUACGGGGACGAUGCCGUCGAGUUUGCACUGCAGCUGUGGGAGGAAGCCGAGGAGACCGGAGGCGACACUGGCAGUGAAGACGGGAGUGGGAGUGGGAGCGGGAGUGGGAGUGGCGAGGACGGGGCCGACAAUGACCGGGACGACUCCGCGGCUGACCAUCUCGGGACGAAUUGGAGGAUACCCUUCGUCCUCGGCGUAGCAGCAAUUUGUUCUUGCUUUGCCUUAUAGUUUUCUUUGCCUUUAUGUUGGCUUCGCCGAGAUUUGUCUCCAUCGAGAUCCCAAAACCGAGGUCUCCUUUCUUCCUCUUCCUCCCCUUUGCUGCUUCAUCUGCCCACACUUCACAGAUCAUUCUUCUUCAGAAAAGGAAAACGAAAACGAAAAGAAAAGGAAAGAAAACGCCUUGGCAAGUGGUGUCUCUCGGAUCGACCCGGUCGAACUU